CUGGCCGGGCAGCUGCAGCACCUGCGGGACAAGUACGAGCGCAUCGGGGCUGAGACCCCCGGCCGCCCUCUGGGCACCGCCGGCAGCCUUCCGGAGCGGCCGCAGAACCCCCGGGGACACAGCCGUGCCCUGCCCAGCGCCGCGGCUGACGGCAUCCCCGAGCCGCAGAAGGUGCUCUUCCCUGCCCACAAGCUCUCCAUGAAGUGGGAGCGGGUGCACCGUGUGGGCGCCGGGCUGAGUAACCUGGGGAACACCUGCUUCCUGAACUCGGCUCUGCAGUGCCUGACCUACACGCCGCCGCUCACCAACUACCUGCUGUCCCGGGAACACGGGCGCUCCUGUGCCCACGGAAGCUUCUGCAUGAUGUGCACUAUGCAGAACCACACGAUACAGGCUUUUGCCAACAGCGGCAAUGCAAUAAAGCCACUCUCCAUCAUCCGAGACCUCAAGAAGAUUUCCCAUAACUUGCGCUUCGGCAGGCAGGAGGAUGCACACGAGUUCCUGCGUUACACCAUCGAUGCCAUGCAGAAGGCCUGUCUGAAUGGCUACACCAAGCUGGAUCGCCAGACCCAGGCCACAACUCUGGUUCACCAGAUCUUCGGUGGUUACCUGCGGUCCCGUGUGAAAUGUCUGGAGUGCAAGACUGUCUCAGACACCUACGACCCUUACUUGGAUGUGACACUGGAGGUCGAGCGAGCUGCAAACAUCGUGCGUGCCUUGGAGCUGUUUGUGAAGCCAGAGCAGCUGGGUGGGGACAACGCCUACAGGUGCAGCAUGUGCAGGAAGAAAGUGUCAGCCAGCAAACGUUUCACCAUCCACCGAGCCUCCAACGUCCUCACGAUUUCACUGAAACGCUUUGGCAGCUGCAGCUCUUCAGGUGGAAGGAAAAUCACCAAGGACGUGGGAUACCCUGAGUUCUUGGACAUCCGCCCUUACAUGUCUGAGCCCAAGGGCGAUCCCAUCACAUAUGGACUUUAUGCAGUGCUGGUGCACUCUGGGUACAGCUGCAAUGCAGGGCACUACUUCUGCUAUGUGAAGGCCAGCAAUGGGCAGUGGUAUCGAAUGAACGAUCAUGAGGUCCAUCCCAGCAACAUCAAGGUGGUUCUCAACCAGCAGGCCUAUGUGCUGUUCUACCUGAGGCUGUGCAGCCCCAGGAAGAGCUCAGCAGGGCCCAGGGCUGCAGCUGCCUUCAGCCCACACAUCGGCAGUGACUCCCAGCAAAUGAAGAGAACAGAGAUGAACGGGACCCUGUCUGUGCCACCCACGGGCCCGAAACAAGACAAGCUGCCGGGGAAGGGGCUGCCAGGCCCAGGUGAUGUUGGAGUCCCUGUCGCCCGCAGCUCUCCUGGGAUGGGGUCAAAACUGACAAAUGGAAUUGCUCUAUCAAAGCUACCCUCUCAGACCCCAUCAUCCAAACUGCCCCACAAAGCCACCCACGAGGCCACACCACUGGGCUGUGACACAGUCCAGAGGCCCAAGAAGACACCUGGCAUGCCCAGAGCAGGCUUCCAUGUCACCAGCACCAUGAACGGGGCCAAAGCAGGGCUGCCCCCACGGGACUCAGAGAGUGAGAAGCCACCUACCUCAUCCAAGCUGCCCAAGUCCAGUCAUGAGCCCAGUGGCUGUGGGGCCAUGGCCAGGACCCUGAAGAAGGAUUCCCAGGGCAGCACAGUAGGGCAGCUGGCCAAGGAGACCCACAAAGCCAAGAGCAGUUCCAGCAGCUUCUGCACCCCUCAGGGAAGGGACUGUAGCACCCACCUCCCCGCUGGCCCUGGCAGCAAGCCUGCUGUCCCUAAAGACUCUGUCCCCAGAAGCUGCGGGACAGCUGCUGUGAAACCCUCCCCGCUGGGCAGUGCUGCGCUGGAGUGGGGCAGCGCCACGCCACCGCUGCUGGCCAAGAAGCCAAUGCUCUCAGCCAAAAAGGGCAAACCUUCUCAGAAGGUGAGUGUGAGUGACCACCAAGCACAGUCCCAGCACUCAGCCACCACCCAUCCUGACUGCACUCCUAGCCCUCUGGGCAAGUCCAGCAGAGAGACGGGAUCUGGCCAGGUGGAACCAGAGGGUUCCUUCAAAAAGAAGCGUCGGAAGAGGAAGCAUCGUAGCACAGACAGAAGCCCUUAUGCUGGGGCUGUGAAGGACGUGGAUGAGGUCUCCAGUCCUCCCAAGAAGGAGAGAGUUGUUUCUCCAGAGGGCUUCAAGGACAAAGACUCCAAGCCCCCCAAAAAGGAGAGCAUUGGCUCUCAGAAGGACUUAAUUGAUAAAGACUCCAAGCUCCCCAGGAAGAAGAUUCUCUCUCAAGGGGACUUCAUGUCUGUUGUGGGGAAGGAGGUGGCAGAUAAUGGUCUCAGUCAUGGUCUGGUCUGUCAGGACAUGAAGAGUGGGCCCAAGCAACAUGUGCCAGAGCCCCAUAUUGACUUGGGCAUGGAGCCAACCUUCCCCCUCAAGAGGAAGAAGAAGAAGAAAAAGAAGAAUAGGAGCAAAGACAAGCCCUUGAAGAAGACAGAAGAGUGCAGCUCUGGGACGCUGUCUUCAGACAGCUCCAGGACAACUGAGCCAGAGCCCUGUAAGACACAUCAGAGCGUGGAGGCUGGAGAGCACAAGCACCGCAAACGCAAGUGGAUGGAAAGCCUCGGCAGCCUGGCUGCCAGCACUGGCCCAGCCACCACCACCAGCACCCCAGUGGCAGCACAUCCCAGUGACAGCCAGACUGGGGAUGAGAGGCGUUCCCUGGCUGUCCUGAGCCCUGUGGCCAGCAACUGGGCUGGCACAGCCCCCGAGGGCCAGGAGUCCAGCGUGCUGGACAAACUGCUCCAGAAUUCCUUGGACAAGGCUUAUGGCAAACAAGUCUUGACCUGGCAGGGUGAGAUCUCAGCUGUGAGCCAGGAUGCCAUUCGGGACACAGCACUGGCCCAAAGCAAGACCAUCAUUGAUGAGUGGGACCAGGAGUUUGACAAAGGAAAGGUAAAGAAAAUGAAGAAGAUGAAGCAGGAGCGGAGGAGAGACUCAAACCCCUUCCAGAAGUUACAGAACAAGCGCAACUUCUGGUUGAUGUCACAUCCUGCCAAGAUGGCCAGCCUGGGCCACCGGCUCUCAGGUUGAGAUCUGCAUCCCGCCUGCUCGGGGAGCAGUCCCAGGUCAAGGACUGAGGGCAGCACUGUCCUGGGAGCUGUUGGUGGACCACGCUCAGAGGGGAGAGAAUACAGCCCUGGGGUUGUGCCUUUUCCUUCGGGGAGCUGCUUUUCCAGCUGCAGAGGAGCCUGCCCACUCUGCCUUGCCUCCAACCUGCCUCGGCCGGGCUCCUCGUCGGCUUCUCCGUGCCUCUUCCCCUCCUUCCCCCAGCCCGCACCUGCGGCGGCUCCUGGCAAGUGCCUCAAGCCCGUUCCCGUUGCUCCGUGCUGCCGUGCCUCCCGUGCCAGCGUUACCGACCCUCGCCCUCCCCUGCUCUCACUUCGUGACCCCCAUCCACGAGCUGCAUUGAAAGCCGCCCCCGCCC